AUGGUCUCCGCUAAAAGCAAACUCUGUCGCGCUGAAUCACCCCCGAUACGGCUACGGAUCCCUAUAUCAGAGCAGACUGAGAAACAGAGGGCAAUAAAGAAGGAAUGCCGGAAGAUUGGAAGGUCUAUGGCGUCUAGCCGAUAUCGACGCAGGCAAGGUGAAGCAGGGAAGACUACAAACCGGUUGAGGAUGGCAAAAAAAAGAGCUCAGAUGACAGAUGGGGAAAAAGCUGCGACAAAUGAGAGGCGAAAGGCAGCAGCUGCUGCAUCAUAUCUCAGGAAUCGAAAGACUGUCCUUCGGAAAGCACAGGACAAACGGAUUGCAACAUUUAUCGAAAAAGUUGGACACCCCGAUGCUGAUUUGUGGUACCCCUACCGCCGUAAUACCUAUCGUGUUGGUGAACAGGCCGGUGUUUCUACCAAUCCUCGCAUUUAUCUUUAG